AUGCCUCGCCCAUUCGAACAAGGGCUCCCCCCAAUCCUCCAAGGGGAGGAAUUAAAACGAAAUCCACCCUAUGAGCAGGCGGCUUCGGGUUCUGGGCAGUCACCACAUCCCUCGUCGUCCAGUUCGGUUUUUGGCUCUGCUCAAUCACCAAUGCAAUCUCAGCCAUCCACCAGGACGCUGCCUUCUCCGCCGGGAAACCAGUAUCCGCGGACAGGGAGUUCGGAAUAUAUACAGUAUUCUCCCACGACCACUCAAGCCGCGCACAAUGCUCAUCUCCAAGAUCUGCAACAUCAGAUUUCGACCAAGACCCUCGCGCUUCAGACUCUACAGCGUGAACACGACCAGUUGCUGGCCGCUUUUUCAAGGUCUCAGAUUCGAUGUACCGCCUUGGAUAAGAAGUCGCAGGUGUCAGAUCACGAAAUCAACACCUUGAGCGAGGACAAGAUCCGGCUACAGCAACAGGUAGAGGCAUUGGAGACCCAGGUUCAGGAGUUGGUCAAGUCACGUGACGAAGUGCAUCAGCAAUCGUCAGCCGAUGGCGCACAGUGGAGACAAAUCGUGGCCAUGUCAUCGCAACUACAACUCAAGGGGGCUGACGAAGCGCGACGGUUCAAGCUGGAGCGAGAGGCGUGGGAGCGAGAGCGGUCAUCGCUGCAGAAACGAAUUGAAGAACUCGAGUCUGGUAAGGAAAAGCUUCCCGAGACGAGGCCGGUUUCUGGUUCCACGACCCCCGUGGCAAACGACCCCAUUCUGACUUUGGGCUCUGUUGAGGUUCUUAGAGAAGAGAUUAUCAGGCUUCGGCGCCGGUGCGUCGAAUUGGAAUUAAUGCUUCAAGAGCUUGCGGGAGAGGCUGAGCAGAUCGAAAGUGCAAUUGCCGCAAUGGAGAACGUUCGGAAAUCGCUUGCGAGCAAGAAGCGCCGCACAGACGAUAGUUAG